AUGAGGCCCCUGGCGGGAGGGAGAGCCGUCAGCGCUGACGGCAGGCGCUUCGGCGGAGCCAGGAGGGGUGCAAAAGGGCAGAAGGAGCGCGGCGGGGAGCCUAAGGGGCCCGAGGACAGCAGUGCGGGCGGCGCGGGCUGCGGCGGCACGGAGGACCCCACCAAAAAGAAAAAGCAGCGGCGGCAACGCACACACUUCACAAGCCAGCAGUUGCAAGAGCUGGAGGCCACGUUCCAGAGGAACCGGUACCCCGACAUGAGCAUGCGAGAGGAGAUAGCUGUGUGGACCAACCUCACCGAGCCGCGCGUGCGGGUCUGGUUCAAAAACCGGCGAGCCAAGUGGCGGAAGCGCGAGCGCAACCAGCAGCUGGACCUGUGCAAGGGCGGCUACGUGCCGCAGUUCAGCGGCUUGGUGCAGCCCUACGAGGACGUGUACGCCGCCGGCUAUUCCUACAACAACUGGGCAGCCAAGAGCCUAGCGCCGGCGCCACUCUCCACCAAGAGCUUCACCUUCUUCAACUCCAUGAGUCCGCUAUCGUCGCAGUCCAUGUUCUCGGCACCCAGCUCCAUCUCCUCCAUGACCAUGCCGUCGAGCAUGGGCCCCGGCGCCGUGCCCGGCAUGCCCAACUCCGGCCUCAACAACAUCAAUAACCUCACGGGCUCCUCGCUUAACUCGGCCAUGUCGCCGGGUGCUUGCCCGUACGGCACACCCGCCUCACCCUACAGCGUCUACCGGGACACGUGCAACUCGAGCCUAGCCAGCCUGCGGCUCAAGUCCAAGCAGCACUCGUCGUUCGGCUACGGCGGCCUGCAGGGCCCGGCCUCCGGCCUCAACGCGUGCCAGUACAACAGCUGACCGCCCAGCCGGGCCACGCGGGCCUGCGGCCGGCACCGCGCGGGAAUGGGGGCGGCCGCGGAAAGGACGCACGCAGCACCUCGGCGCGUCACGGCUCACCGCCCCGCGGGCCUCGCGCCUGCGCAGCCCCCUCCAACCCAACUCCCCCAUCUCCCGGUUGGUUUUGUGUUUGCUUUUCCGGAACCCA